AUGGUUUUUAAUGCUGAUAGAGCCUUCAUCCUUCUUAUCUGCAUUGGAAUCUUAGCCGUUCAACUAGAUAAAGUUACUGGCUUAAGAAGUAUAGACCUUGCCCUCAAGCAAGGCCAAGAAGAUCAUUGGAUAUCAGCACAGAAUCGACGUAUUCUUAAGGUUGUUGCCACAGAGGGAAUGAACACAGAUCAGAAGAAGUCAGCACAAGUAAACAAGAAGUUCAAUCCAAAUGAAGCUAGCAAGCGGAAAGUACGAAAAGGAUCAGAUCCUAUCCACAACAGGUCUUAA